AUGUCUUCGCGCGGAACCAAACGACCUGUGUCGGUCAGUGAUGCUUUCCGAAUGGAAGAGCCCUCAACAUUCGUCCCAAGAGAUGCCAAAGUCUCGCGAAACCUGGGAUCUCAGACAGGACAAGAUGCACUGCGGCACGAUGGCUCGAUCACUACUCCCGUGGCAGGCCUGCCAGGCUCAGAGAAGGAGCCCGAGGCUCCUCCUGUCACCAGGCGCGCCUCCUUCGACCAUACCGAGGCAACGCGAAGCUCAUCGGACAAGAAGGUUGUCAGUGCUAAGUCGGCAAGCCCGCCCAGCGAGAAGGUCGACAAGUCGAAGCAAGGCUUCUUUGUCUGUUGGCUGUGCAAGCGGAGAUUUGACACCUACGAGAAGUUCGACUCCCAUGUAUUAUACAGCAAACUGCACCAAGAAACGAUCCGACAGCUGGCAGGACUUGCCUAG